AUGGUAAUUCCUCCUCCGCCUCCUCCGCCCCCGAAACAUAUUCCACCCUCUGAAAUGGGCAAAAUGGUCGAAGGUUACGAUCAGGAAGGGCUUAAAAUGGGUGUUGUGGUUCCGCAUGAUUCUUACGGUACAAUAUCUGCACCUACAUAUGUACCUUCCUUUAUACCUCAGCCUCCUGCUGUACCGCCACAGUCUGGAGGUGUUCAUCCUAUGGGAAUUAUGAAUCCAUCUAUGGGAUUAAUGGUGCCUCCUAUGACACAUCAACCUGGCCAUAUGCCAGCGCAACUGAUAGAUCCAUACCUAGCGGCUGAGAUUUCUUCAAUUGUACACACAUUAUCGACAUCGCAAUUAAUAUAUGUUCUUGCUGCGCUAAAGAAAUUUCUUAAACACGCACCCUCAGAGGCUAGGCGGUUUCUUAUAAACAACCCUCAGCUAACAUACGCACUUUUACAUACUCAGUUCAUACUGGGAGAACAUGAUGAAAGCGUGUUACCUCUUUCUAAACUCGACCAUGACAUAUCACAAGUUAACAGACUCGAAAGAUCAGGACACCUUAAGCCAUUUCACAAUCUAUAUGAAGAUAACUCUAACGUACAACAUAUGGAAGAAUAUAAUAUUCCUGAUCAAUACCAAGUUGAACAAUAUCAAGUGCCAUACCAACCACCUCAACACAUUGAGCCAGUGGUUAAUGAAAAGCCAAUGCAUCAACCAAUGCAUCAGCCUAUGCAGCAUCCAGUUUCACAAACUCCGCCUCAACAAUUGACACAUGAGGCUACACAGAAAGAUAUCGACGACCUUAUGAACAGUGGUAUUUACCCGGCUUCUGCGGCUCUAGUGGAUGAAGUUAUUAAGAACAACGAUAUCCUCACACAUAUUCAAAAAGCUAACAUGGUAGAGAUGAAUUCAUGGCCUCCUGAACAGAAACAACAAGUUUUGUCAAUUAAAGUUGUAAGUAAAGUUGUUGUUAAAUCCAUAUUUAGGCGCUUCAUAUGA